AUGGAAAAUAAUUAUAAAAUCCUUCUUCUUAUAUUUCUCCUUGCUUUGAACAUAUCCACAUCAACCUCAAAUGAUGAAGCCGAAGAACCCGACGUCGACAAAACCAUAGAAUUAUCCCACGAUGCGUAUUGGGAACAAAAAGCGUUCGAAGCCCACGAAGUCGCCGUGAAUAGUUAUAUUACUAACCCUUUUGAUGUCGCUGAUAACUUCAAUAAGAAAGUUGGCGAGGUCAUAUGGGGUAGGAAUGGCACGAGGAGGGGCCUCAAGAGAGUUAGAGGGUCAUGUGUGGCUACAAAUCCAAUUGACCGUUGUUGGCGAUGUCGUUCGGAUUGGGCAUCAAACCGGAUGCGACUUGCAGACUGUGCCCAAGGGUUCGGUCGUCACACCACGGGUGGAAAAGGUGGGAAAAUCUAUGUUGUGACGGAUCCUACUGACCACGACCUAGUGAAACCUAAGCCAGGAACUCUUCGUCAUGCCGUGAUCCAAACAGAGCCUCUUUGGAUAAUCUUCGCCAGAUCAAUGGUAAUUAGACUCCAACAAGAACUCAUCAUGGCCAGCCACAAGACUAUAGAUGCAAGAGGGACGAAUGUUCAUAUUGCUAAUGGUGCGGGAAUUACCAUUCAAUAUGUUCAAAAUGUUAUCAUUCACGGGCUUCACAUUCAUGAUAUAUAUUCCGGACAAGGUGGGUUGAUUAGAGAUUCAGUUGGUCAUUACGGAAUUAGAACAAAAAGCGACGGAGACGGAAUCUCCAUCUUUGGUUCGUCAAAUGUUUGGAUCGAUCAUGUUUCCAUGUCGCAUUGCACCGAUGGUCUCAUUGAUGCCAUCAUGGGAUCCACCGCAAUCACAAUUUCCAAUGGCCAUUAUAACAUGCACAACGAGUCCUUCUUAUUUGGUGCGAGUAAAAAACACACACAAGAUAAACUCAUGCAAAUCACGAUGGCAUUCAACCAUUUCGGAGAAGGAAUGGUCCAGAGAAUGCCACGUUGUAGGUACGGUUUCACCCAUGUCGUCAACAACGACUAUACGCAUUGGAUAAUGUAUGCCAUUGGCGGAAGCGAUUCCCCAACCAUCCUAAGCCAGGGAAACCGCUUCAUCGCCCCUGCUGACAUCAAUGCCAAAGAGGUGACUAAGAGAGAUUACGCACCAGAAUCUGUGUGGAAGAAUUGGCAAUGGAUAUCGGAAGGGGACUUGAUGUUAAAUGGCGCAUAUUUUGUAGAGUCGGGUCGACAAACAGUAUCAACUUCAAGCUACGCUAACGGUGGCUUGAUAAAUGCAAUGCCCGGGUCAUCUGUAGGUAGUCUCACAAAAUACGCUGGACCACUCAAUUGCAUUCGUGGAAGGCCUUGUUAAACAAC